AAACUUCCAUUUCCAUAAGCUUAAAAAGAGCAUAAGAAAGAGAGAAGAAACUCUACUUCUCUCUGAGUUUAGUAUAUUUGGUGACGACUCUCACGCGUAAUUCUGCAGAUCAAUACACAUCAUUCAUUCAAACUUCAAAAUCUACUUAUACCCUCUCUCCUCUUUUUUCUCAAUUUUCUGAAAGAUUUCAAUUCAGAAUUUGGUUACUGAAGUCACUAAUUUGGUGCAAAAUUGGAGGUAUACAAAUCUGGUUUUCAUAAUAUUCAGAAAAUUUUAAUAGCCAUCUAUCUUUGUGGCUUAUAAAGUUGUUUUGGUUUGAUUAAUAUCUAUUCCUUUUGGUCCUCUUUUAAGUUUUCCUUUCGCCACUUCUCAGAACAACAAAUUUGAUUUCAAUUCUACUAUUUUUAAGCUGAAAAUUAUGCAAGACCCAUCAAUUUAUUCACAAAUUAAGCCUCAAUUUCCAGAGCAGGAACACCUGAAAUGCCCUAGAUGUGAUUCACCAAACACAAAAUUCUGCUACUACAACAAUUAUAACCUUUCUCAGCCACGCCACUAUUGCAAAAGCUGUAGAAGGUAUUGGACUAAAGGCGGUACUCUUCGUAACAUACCUGUUGGUGGAGGUUCUCGUAAAAGCACAAAACGAUCUUCAUCUUCAUCAUCAUCGAGUAAGAAAAGUUCAUCAACUUCAACUACAUCCCCUGCAACUCCUCCAUUAACAUCAUCUUCUUCAUCCACAAAUCCAAAACCAGAGCCAUUCGGUAUACCUGCAAUUCCAUCUUUUGAUGUGAUGACUACUAGUACUGGUCCAUUCAGCUCACUGUUAGCGUCAACCGAGCCGCAAUUUGGGAAUUUUCUCGAAGCUUUGAAUCCGAAUAAUAAUAAUGGGUCCACUUUACAGUUGGGUAACCCAGUUUCGAGUUCGGGCCAUCAAAAUGGGAAUACUUCAUAUUUGGGUGUUCAAAAUGGUGGAGAAUCUAAUAAUUGUUGGAAUGGUGGUAACAAUGGUUGGCCCGAUCUUGCAAUUUUCACUCCAGGUUCAAAUUUCCAAUAAAGUAGUAUUUAAUAGAAGGUAUUUUAACUACUUUACUAAGUAUUUAACUUUUUAAACUUUUUUUUUUUUAACAUUCUUUUGAGAGUGUUGUUGUUGAUUGCACUCGUAGCAAUACAACAAAAAUAACAUAUCUAGUAUAAUUCUACGAGUGAGUUUGAGUACUAGGUAAUUAAGGUAUUAGUACAUAAUUUACUUCUGAAAAAAAUGUGGUGUAUGAGCAAUGUUUUCAAAUGCACAUGGUUACAACACUCAUUUUCUAUUAGGUAAUGCAAUAUAAAACAUUUUAUAUUUAUUACUUUAUGUGUGUUUAAUCAAAGGGAAAAUGGAAAUUAAUGAGAAUUUUCUGUUUUUUGCUACUAAACUCAUUAUAUUUUGAAAUUGUGAAUUCAGAAUUAAGUACUUGUGAAUAUUUUUCUAUGCUCGAUAUAAACAUUGAGUUCAAUGUAAAAUCAAAUCGAGUAUUUUAUGUUUUCCAUCGGCUGUUGAUUGCCGAUAAUUGGUGUGGGCAUUACAAGCAUUCCUUUUCUUUUUGACGUUCACACACAAUUACAAAAAUUGAACGUAGCGAUUGAAUAAAUUACGUAGUUAAACAACAAAGUUCAUUGUCAAUUCUAUCACGCGCUGGAUUGUAAAAAUUUUUUGUUAGUUAUGAAGUUAGGGGAUUGGACUUUUUGUGAAAUGUCACCAAUUGUCUGAGUAAAUGAUUGUCAUAAGGGAACAUAACAAGACUUUUUGAAGUGAUAAAUGUAAUACAAUUGGAUUGAAAA